UAUUUUUUCCCCCUUCGCACUCUUUGCUGCAGUUGGAUCCCUUUUUUCUGCACCCCUUUUAUGUGUGUGUGGUUUGUUUUUAUUUUUUAAAGACACCCCCCCCCCCCCAUCCACUUUUGUCAUUAUUGCUGUCACUUGCGAUUUGCUGGCGCUGGGAUUCCCUCCGACGUUCUUUUUCUUAUGCCUUCUGGAUUGCGCGUCUUGGAGUAGGAGCGAAGCUGUAUUUAUUCUAUUUAUUUAUUUAUUGUUUCUCAGGACAGGGAGGGAAUGUUGGAGGAGAAGAGCUGGAAAGGCGUCGACGAAGCAGCUUUUGACAGGGGGUGUGUGGCUCCCCCCCGGAGCGGCGAUGGGGAGCGGUGCUGCCGCCUCCCUCUGCUGCUGGGCUCGGGGCUGCCCGGCGUGUCCCUGCUCUCUCUGGUGCUCAGCCUCCUGCUGUACUUUCGGACCUCCGACCUGCAGUCCCGCGUGUCCCACUUGGAAGCCGACAGACCCACACAGCUCCCUGCCUGGCUCUCGGCAGACCAAAUGGAGACGGCUAUUUUGGGAAGAGUUGACCAACUGCUCAACGAGAAGUUAAAGUUCCACUUGCCAAGACAUCGAGAAGUCCGAGACACACACCAGCGAUGCAACUGCCCGGCAGGUCCACCUGGCCUCACAGAAAGGCCACAACUCCUGGGGGACAAAGGUGCGAUGGGAAUCCCUGGGCGGCCGGGACUAAAGGGGCAAUCUGGAGAGAAGGGUGCUCCAGGAGAAGCUGGCAUGUCCAUCAUCGGGCCCCGUGGCCCACCCGGACAGCCUGGAACAAGAGGUUUUCCUGGAUUCCCGGGCCCUAUUGGCUUGGAUGGCAAACCGGGGCAUCCUGGACAGAAGGGAGAGAUGGGUGCUGCAGGUCCCAGGGGACAGCCUGGACCCCCAGGACAAAAAGGAGAGAAGGGUCAGUGUGCAGAGUACCCGCACAGGCUGCUGCCUCUCCUCAAUUCAGUGCGGCUGGCUCCACCUCCGGUCAUAAAGAGACGCACUUUCCAGGGUGAACAAGGACAGGCGGGGAUCCAAGGGCCCCCGGGGCCCCCUGGCCCACCAGGACCCCCUGGACCAGCUGGACCUGAAGGAAUCCCGGGACGCCCUGGGCCAGUUGGACCUCCUGGCAGAGCAGGAGAACCUGGGAAGCCUGGCAGAGAUGGAAAGGGCUUACCUGGGCCUCCUGGACCAAAGGGAGAUGCUGGCAUUCAGGGAUACCCUGGCAGAAAGGGUGAGGUGGGUGAGGCAGGCCUGCCCGGUGCCCGUGGCCUCCCUGGAGCCUCUGGCCCCAAGGGUGAAAAAGGGGAUGCUGGCAUCAAGGGGGAGAGAGGCAUGCCAGGGCUGCCAGGAAGACAUGGCUCUAAGGGCGCUCCGGGGCUGGCGGCCGCAGGGAUGAAGGGCGAGCCUGGGACUCCAGGAGAAAAGGGAGAUUCUGGAGUGCCAGGCAGGAUGGGCCCCCCAGGUGUGCCAGGGAAGAGGGGGCAGCGGGGUGAGAAGGGACGAGCUGGUGACCCUGGAAUUCCUGGGCUUCCUGGCCCAAAGGGAGAGAAGGGAAUUGCUGAGAAUGCCUUGGUGGGAGCUAAAGGAGAACCUGGCCCUCCAGGUUUGCCUGGACCCCCUGGACCAAAGGGAGAAGCUGGUGACGUUGGUCAGCCUGGUGCUGCAGGAUCACAGGGAGAAAAGGGGGAACGUGGCUCACCGGGAGACCAGGGACCCAUGGGCCCAAGGGGCCCCAAAGGAGAGCCUGGGAAGGAUGAAAUGAUGGACUAUGAUGGGAACAUCAGUGAAGCUCUGCAGGAAAUACGAACUUUGGCCUUGAUGGGGCCCCCAGGACGUCCAGGCGUGGCUGGGCCUCCAGGGCCACCAGGACAGAAGGGUGAAAUUGGCUUGCCAGGUCCCCCAGGCCACGAUGGAGAAAAGGGCCCACGUGGCAAGCCUGGAGAAAUGGGUCCCCCUGGGCCUCAGGGGCUGCCAGGGAAGGACGGAGCUCCUGGCACGAAGGGAGAGCCAGGCCACGCUGGGGACAGAGGAGAGAAGGGUGACAGGGGAGAGCCAGGACAAGCGGGCCCACCGGGUCUAGAUGGCCCCACUGGAGAGAAGGGAGAACAAGGUGACCAAGGGAUACCAGGACCAUCAGGAUUGCCAGGGCCCAUUGGACUUCCAGGACUGACAGUAUCUGGGCCCCCUGGACCCCAGGGCCCUCCAGGACCUCCAGGUCUUCAGGGUGUCCCAGGACCCAAGGGGGAAGCAGGGAUUGAUGGAGUGAAAGGAGAGAAGGGUGCCCAGGGUGAAAAAGGAGACCGAGGGCCGCUGGGAUUACCCGGUGCUUCAGGUUUAGACGGCAGGCCUGGACCAGCGGGUAUUCCAGGACCAAUUGGGGCUUCGGGACCAGCAGGACCAAAAGGAGAGAGGGGCAGUAAAGGAGACCCUGGAGUUGCAGGACCAAUGGGGCCAGCAGGGCUUCCUGGUUUACAAGGUCUACCUGGUGACAAGGGAGUCCGGGGGGAGAGGGGCAAGAAAGGCUCUAGAGGGUCUAAAGGGGAUAAGGGAGACCAAGGAGCACCUGGAUUAGAUGCACCCUGUCCGUUGGGUCUGCGAGGUUUUAAAGGCGAGAAGGGUGAGCCGGGGUUACCUGGGCUGGACGGCCUGGAUGCCCCAUGCCCAUUGGGAGAAGAUGGCCUUCCAGUUCAAGGCUGCUGGAAUAAGUGAUGAUUCUAACCCUGGACUGACCUGUGUGUGUUACUGUACAUAGAAUAUUUAUUUUUAUACGGUGUUCUUCUCUGAAAUGCCAAAAGUUAUGCAUUUUUACAAAUUAUCAAAAAGUGGCCAAUUUUUUUGUACAGAAAAUACUAGAUCUCCCCUUUCCCCCCAUUUGUCAGUUCUCUGUAUGAUUCUAUGUCUGCAUUACGCUUGUUUUGUCAUGGAGUACAGCUGUAAUAUUUACAUGAUAUUUGUGCACACAUGAUGAAUAUAGGAACUUUAAUAAAUUAUUGCAUUUAAAGUGCCCAA